UCCACACUCUUAUCACAGUCCCCCCGUCUCGAACCAAAUGAGCUCCUCCAAAAUCUUCUCUCUUAGCUUCAUUCUUUCACACAUGGCCUCCUAGCUGGCGUAUCACUUUCCCUGACCCGAAUUCUUAGACAAUGAGAACGGUUUGAUCUCGCAAUAUUCUCCGCUCAUUGUCUCCUUCUCAAUCUUCUUUUCAUUUUUUCUUAUCUCCGGAUUCUCCUCUGUUGCGCUGGAGGAGGAGCUCGUUGAUUGCCAUGGAAGCCGGGGAGGAUUGUAGUGUUAAAGUGGCCGUCCACAUCCGGCCGCUCGUCGGAGACGAGAAGCUGCAGGGAUGUAAAGAUUGCGUCACUGUAGUCCCUGGGAAGCCUCAGGUACAAAUUGGGACACAUUCAUUUACUUUUGAUCAUGUCUACGGCAGUACUGGUUCUCCAUCAUCUGCAAUGUUUGAAGAGUGUAUUGUUUCGCUGGUCGAUGGUUUGUUCCAAGGAUAUAAUGCUACUGUCCUUGCUUAUGGUCAGACCGGUUCAGGGAAAACAUAUACUAUGGGCACUGGUUUCAGAGAUGGUUUGCAAACUGGAAUUAUCCCUCAAGUCAUGAAUGUAUUAUUCAGCAAAAUUGAAACUUUGAAGCAUCAAACGGAGUUCCAGUUGCAUGUUUCAUUUAUUGAGAUUCUCAAAGAGGAAGUACGAGACUUGCUGGAUCCCAGUUUUCUGAGCAAACCAGAAGGUGCAAAUGGGCAUGCCGCAAAAGUAGCAAUCCCCGGAAAACCACCAAUACAAAUUCGAGAAUCAUCAAAUGGUGUUAUUACAUUGGCAGGAUCUACUGAAAUUAGUGUUAGUACACUUAAACAAAUGGCCACAUGUCUUGAACAAGGAUCACUGAACAGGGCUACAGGGAGUACAAAUAUGAACAAUCAGUCAAGUCGUUCACAUGCCAUCUUCACCAUUACAUUAGAGCAAAUGCAUAAGCUCAACCCAGCAUGUUCCGGCAACGGUCUCAAUGAGAGUAUGAAUGAAGAUUAUCUAUGCGCUAAAUUGCAUUUGGUAGAUCUUGCUGGGUCUGAGCGAGCCAAGAGGACAGGUUCUGAUGGUUUGCGUUUUAAGGAAGGAGUUCAUAUUAACAAAGGUCUUCUUGCACUUGGAAAUGUUAUCAGUGCACUUGGUGAUGAGAAGAAGCGAAAGGAAGGACUUCAUGUUCCUUAUCGAGAUAGUAAACUUACUCGGCUUUUACAGGACUCGCUUGGUGGUAACAGCCGAACUGUUAUGAUAGCUUGCAUCAGUCCUGCUGAUAUUAAUGCUGAGGAAACCUUGAACACUUUGAAAUAUGCAAAUCGUGCUCGAAAUAUCCAAAAUAAGCCCAUUGUCAACAGAGAUCCCAUGUCGAAUGAGAUGCUGAAGAUGCGCCAACAAUUAGAGUAUUUGCAAGCCGAGCUUUGUGCCCGUGGAGGAGGAUCUUCUGAUGAAAUGCAGGUUCUCAAGGAAAGAAUUGCUUGGCUUGAAGCAGCUAAUGAGGAUCUCUGCCGAGAACUUCAUGAAUACCGAAAGAAAUGCACAGUUGUAGACCAAUGUGAAAAAGAUGCUCAAGAUGCUAGUCCCUGCUCUUUGAAAACUGAUGGCCUUAAAAGGGGUUUGCUAAGUAUAGAAUCGGCUGACUAUCAAAUGGGUGAAGCAAUAUCAGCAGGUGAUUCUGGGGAAAUUGAUGAAGAAGUAGCAAAAGAGUGGGAGCACAGCCUUCUGCAAAAUACCAUGGACAAAGAGUUGCAUGAACUGAAUAAACGUCUUCAGCAGAAAGAGUCGGAGAUGAAAUCUUUUGAAGGGUUUGACACGGUGGCACUCAAGCAGCAUUUUGGAAAGAAAAUAAUGGAACUUGAAGAUGAGAAAAGAGCUGUGCAGAAAGAGAGGGACCACUUGUUGGGUGAAGUCGAAAAUCUUGCUGCUAGUGAUGGACAAGCACAGAAACUGCAAGAUGUUCAUUCCCAAAAGUUAAAGGCACUUGAGGCACAGAUUCUGGAUCUAAAGAAGAAACAAGAGAGCCAGGUUCAACUUUUGAAGCAAAAACAAAAAAGUGAUGAAGCGGCAAAGCGGCUUCAAGAUGAAAUUCAAUCUAUAAAGGCACAAAAGGUUCAAUUGCAACAAAGGAUAAAACAAGAAGCAGAACAAUUCCGGCAGUGGAAAGCAUCUCGAGAGAAGGAAUUGCUGCAGUUACGGAAAGAGGGCAGGAGAAAUGAAUAUGAAAGGCAUAAGCUGCAGGCUUUAAAUCAGCGCCAAAAAAUGGUCCUUCAAAGAAAGACUGAAGAGGCUGCAAUGGCUACCAAGAGGCUUAAAGAAUUGCUUGAAGCUCGUAAAUCUUCUGCUCGUGACAACUCAGUUGUUGCCCAUGGGAAUGGGUCCAAUGGGACACAUGGACAGAACAAUGAAAAAUCCCUGCAACGGUGGUUAGAUCAUGAGCUGGAAGUCAUGGUGAAUGUGCAUGAAGUUCGUCAUGAAUAUGAGAAACAAAGUCAAGUACGUGCUGCAUUGGCAGAAGAGUUGGCCAUGCUGAAGCAAGUAGACGAAUUUGCAUCAAAGGGCCUUAGUCCUCCAAGAGGAAAGAAUGGCUUUUCCAGAGUUUCCUCCAUGUCACCAAAUGCAAGAAUGGCCAGAAUAUCUUCACUUGAGAACAUGCUUGGCAUAUCAUCAAACUCACUUGUAGCAAUGGCAUCACAACUUUCAGAGGCAGAAGAGCGAGAGCGUGCUUUUACUAACCGUGGACGUUGGAACCAAUUGCGCUCAAUGGCAGAUGCAAAGAACUUGCUUCAAUAUAUGUUUGAUUCUGUUGCUGAUGCAAGGUGCCAAUGUUGGGAGAAGGAUAUGGAAAUCAAGGAAAUGAAAGAGCAUCUCAAAGAACUUGUAGGCUUGUUGCGGCAGAGUGAAACACGAAGAAAGGAAGUUGAGAAGGAACUAAAAUUUAGAGAGCAAGAUGCCGCAGCUGCAUUGGCAACACCACCAUCGGCUGGCUAUGAUCACGGGAACUCGCACAAUUCACUGAAACACUUUGCUGAUGACACGAAUGGUCCCUUGUCCCCAAUCUCUGUGCCUGCACAAAAACAGCUAAAGUAUACAGCAGGCAUUGCUAAUGGCCGAGUGAGAGAAUCCACAGCUUUCAUAGAUCAGUCACGAAAGAUGGUACCUAUCGGGCAUUUGCCAACAAAAAAAUUAACAGUUAUAGGACAAUCUGGAAAGCUAUGGAGAUGGAAGAGGAGCCAUCACCAGUGGCUAGUACAAUUCAAAUGGAAAUGGCAAAAGCCUUGGAGACUCUCAGAAUGGAUUAGGCACAGUGAUGAAACAAUUAUAAGGGCAAAGCCUCGGGUACAAGCACUGUCAAAUGGGAGGAUUUGAAGUUCUGCUGUCACCAGCCUAUUUGUUGCCCACGUCUCAUCUUUGACCAAUACAUGGCACCCCUAGACAUGGCUGGGGGAUUAGAGAAUGAAUUGCAGUGUGCUAUAAGUAGCUAUUCGGAUCCUGCUACUGUCGUUCUGGAAAGGAUGCAUAGGUUUGUUGUUGAAAAUUUUGCAAUGGUUACUGAACUCGGAGCAUCUUGUAAAGCUGUGUUGAUGCUGCCGAUGAUACUUUGUGUAGCUAGAGACCACACCAAAGGCAGUGGUGCAAGACUGCAAGUGGUGUUAUACUGGUGAAAGGAGGAACUCAGCUGUCAAAAGUGAGACAUAUCUUUUAAUAACAAAAUAACAUGAGAAAAAACUCCUUCUACCAAGUUACAGAAAUAUGUAUAAAAGGUUUUCUCUCUCUUUUUUCUUUGGUAAUUGUAUUUUGUAAUUAUAACCUUUUGGCCUAAGCUGCUAUAAUGUUAUUGUGUAUGAGCAGAACAAUUUCAGCUAAAGGGAAAUUCUUUUGUAGAUUUAACUUUUUCUUUUGUUUCUUGUUGUGUAAGAGAUUUGCUUGUAUGACUAUCUGUAAUAAAACAGAGGAAAAUAUUGAAUCAAAGUAGACGAUGCUAUGUCAUUUCUUGGA